AUGGCUGACGUUGAACCGAUCAGAUCCACGGCGACGGUAAUCUCCGUGGACGACUUCAGGGUUCAAUCCGUGCUGUCGCACCACUCCAAAAAAAUCAUAGUCGAACAUGACGUUGACUCAGACGAGGCCGUGAUCCUUGCUCUCGGUUACAAACAAGAGUUCAAGAGAGAAUUUUCGCUAUGGACCACUUUCGGAGUCUCUUUCUCGGUGCUGGGUCUGCUGCCCUCCAUUGCAUCCACCAUGUGGUAUUCGCUUGGUUAUGCGGGUAAUGCAGGUUUGACCUGGGCCUGGUUAAUUGCCAUGAUUGGUAUUCAAUGUGUUGCCAACUCAAUGGCUGAAUUAUCCUCGGCAUUCCCUACCAGUGGAGGUCUUUAUUACUCCACGGCCCAAUUGGCUCCUCCCAAGUGGGCUCCAUUCUUCUCGUGGUGUGUGGGUUGGUCCAAUUACCUGGUCCAAAUUACCGGAGCACCAUCUGUAGAUUAUGGUGGAGCCUGCAUGAUUCUGGCUUUGAAGACUUUCAAUGAUCCAGAUUUUACUCCAACCAACGGCCAGACGUACCUGCUGACGAUGGCUCUGACCACGGUCAAUGCCGUGAUCUCUUCGAUGCCCACCGCGUGGAUCGCCAAGUUCAAUUCUUUUGGCUCCACUUGUAACUUGAUGUUCCUGCUGAUCGUCUUUAUCAUGAUCCUGGCCGGAGACAACAGAAGCAGCCAGGGUCUUAGCAAGUUCAACGACAACUCUGCUGCCUGGGGUAUCACCAACUUCACUGAGUGGCCCGACGGAAUGGCCAUUCUCAUGUCUUUCAUGGCAGUUAUCUGGACCAUGUCGGGCUAUGAUUCCCCCUUCCAUUUGGCAGAGGAAUGCUCCAAUGCACAAAUUGCAACUCCUCGGGCCAUUGUUCUAACGGCCACCACUGGAGGUCUCAUUGGCUUCGUCUUCCAACUGGCCAUUGCUUAUGCCAUUGUGGACGUGGAUGCUGCUAUCAACGACUCUUUGGGACAACCUUUCGUGACCUUUUUGUCUCAAUGCUUGGACAAAAAGCUGGUCUACACUGCCACUGCCAUGACGAUUGUUUCUUCGUUCUGUAUGGGUGAGGCCUGUCAGGUAGCAGCCUCUCGUGUGACUUACGCCUAUUCUCGUGAUGGUUGUUUCCCGCUUUCGCGCUACUGGGCUAAAGUUCACCCAAUCACCAAGACUCCGGUAAAUGCUGUUUGGUUUAAUUGGUUUGUUGGCCAAUUGCUGCUCCUGCUUAUUUUUGCCGGUGGUUCUGCCAUUGAUGCCAUUUUUUCAGUCGGUGCGCUUGGAGCGUUCAUGUCCUUCACAUUCCCCAUUUUGCUGCGCAUUACUUAUGCUCGUAACACGUUCAAGCCCGGUCCAUGGAACCUGGGACGUUGGUCUAUUGUGUCUGGAACCAUUGCAUGUUCUUUUGUGGUGUUAAUGAUCCCCAUUCUGUGUUUCCCCGAGUACAGAGGUGCUGAUAACACACCCGAAUGGAUGAACUGGACCGUGCUUGUGUACUUUGGACCUAUGCUCUUGGCUAUUUUGUGGUUUGCUAUCGAUGCACGCAAGUGGUUUACCGGUCCAAAGACCAAUUUGGGUGACCUUCUGGUCGAUGGAGAAGAGGCCGAGAACGUCAUUGAUGGUAAGAUCUCGAAGGGUGAGUCUAUCAAGUAUUCGACUUCUAAGUCUCCUGAUCUUGAGAAGAGCUGA